CUCUGCUCGAUUAUUUUGGGCUGUUAAGAAGAUGGUUGCGAAGUGUCAACCAUAGUAAUUCUCUGUGGUUAUUUUCUUGAGAUAAAAAUAUUUAAUACUUUCUAACAGAAAUGGGGUUAUCACAGAGUUCAGAAGUAUCUGAAGGAGGGACAUACGGAUAUCACGUCCACGGUGUGCAGCCCAAUUCCCCUGCAGAAAAGGCAGGACUGCAGCCCUUUUUUGACUUCAUUCUGUCUUUGGACAACAGGAGACUUAGUGAGGAAAAUGAAAUGCUAAAGGAGAUCCUGAAAGUCAGCAUGGAAAAAGCUGUGAAGAUGGAGGUGUACAGUACUAAAACCACAAGGGUUCGUGAGUUAGAGGUGGUGCCCAGUAAUAUGUGGGGAGGCCAGGGUCUUCUGGGUGCCAGUGUUCGCUUCUGCAGCUAUCAAGGUGCCAAUGAGAACGUUUGGCACGUGCUGGAUGUGGAACCCAGUUCUCCAGCAGCACUGGCAGGGCUUCAACCCCACAGUGACUACAUAGUUGGAGCAGAUCAGGUUUUACAAGAUUCAGAAGACUUCUUUUCACUGAUUGAGGCGCAUGAAGGAAAGCCAUUAAAACUGCUGGUGUACAACACACAAACAGACACCUGCAGAGAGGUGGUGGUCACACCUAAUGGAGCUUGGGGAGGAGAGGGCAGUUUGGGUUGUGGCAUCGGUUAUGGCUACCUGCACCGCAUCCCUGCAAAUCCUGACAAAUUGACAGCUGAGCCUGUCAUCCCUGUUCCAGAGGAGACACCCUCUCCACAGCUGCCUACACAUGGAUACACAGAGGCACCUCUGAUGGCACCUUCAAGCCAUAGUGAAGAAUUGUUAGACAUGGAGCAGAUCACCCUCCAGGAAGCCCCACUACCUCCACCCAUUCAGAGAGUCAUGGACCCUGGCUUUUCUGAUUCUGAAGUGGCAUUGAUGAACCCUGACCCUGCAGACCUGGCGGACAGACUGGAUCUGUCCAUGUCAUCCAUUGACAUGACCAACACUUCACUGGCUAUGCAUGAUGAGAAGGACAGUGAAGUAUCUGGUGUUGAGGAGCUGGAGGACAGUGUCCUACUCUCAUCCUCAACAGAGAACCAGAGUGAACCACAAGAGCUGAGCUCCCUGGCAGCCAUGGACCUCACUGCUGCCGUCACUGCUACCGACGUCGGGUCCGAUUCUGACAUCCCACCAGCUGAAACAUCUCACCUGCUCACAGAGUCAAUAGACCCACAAAGCCUCCUCAAUGAGUCCAGCAACAGCCCGAGUCCACCUAUGGGUGUGCUCUUCCUUCCCGAGGAGCCUCCUGUACCUGCAGAAGACCCUCCCUGCCCGUCUCCUGUCGACCUCAUCCCAACCUCAGCUGCUAACGAGUUGGCUGCAGAUUAUUCUUUGCCUCAGGUCAUCGAGGAUGCACAAGUGUCAUCGCAUGAGUCUCCAGAACCUGCAGAUGUGGCUUCCGCUCACCAAUGUGGCCAUGACCACGACACGGAGGAGACAGAGAAGUCACAUUUAGAGUAAGCUUGCGUCAGGUGAUACAGAGAGAACACAACUGUAACACAGUUGACAAUCAUGUUUUUUUUUAACUUGGCUGUCUUAAAUGAGAUUAUGGCUGCAUCACUUAGUUACACUACAAGGACAAACUCCAACACUACCAUGAAAGAAGGAAAAACAACAGGUGCCGCAGCAAUAUUCUCGUUUUCUACAUAAGAAUGAAGUUACUGCUAAAUUUUAGGCCAAAAUGGUUAUCAUUUUAAUAUUUUUAAGAAUACAUGCACUGCAAUGUUUCUGAGACACUUCAGUCAUAGAUCCUUGAAUAUUUCCAAA